ACAGCUCGAAACUCAUAACCGUCCAUAAGUGGCUCAACUUGAUUCAAAUCCUACGCAACAAUGACCAAGCUUAUUCCUCAAACUCAACCUCACUUCCUCGUAGUAACCUUUCCAGCCCAAGGUCACAUUAAUCCAGCUUUCCAGUUCGCUAAACGACUCAUCCGGUUAGGUGUCAAAGUCACCUUCGCCACCACUGUCUCCACCCACAACAAAAUCCGCAAAGCUGGCCAGCUACCGGAAGGUUUCGACUUUGCGGUUUUUUCAGAUGGGUUUGAUGAUGGGUACAAGCCCAUGGUGGAUGACACCACAGUAUACCUGACUCAGUUGAGGAGCCGGGGAACACAGAGCUUGAAAGAAACCAUUCUUUCUAAUGCUGAAAAUGGCACUCCGGUCACAUGUUUGGUCUACACCCUCCUCCUUCCGUGGGCUGCUGAGGUGGCACGGGCUCUUAACGUGCGUUCAGCGAUGCUUUGGAUCCAACCCGCUUCAGUAUUGCGUGUCUACUACUAUUACUUCCAUGGGUAUAAAGAACUGAUUGGGGACGAUUGUACUGAACCAUCAUGGUCCAUCAAAUUACCGGGGUUGCCACUGCUCAAAAUUCGUGACCUCCCAUCCUUUUGUAACCCUUCAAACAUUUACGAUUUUGCACUGCCUUUGUUCAAAGAGCAGUUUGACGCAUUGGAUUCGGAAGAGAAGCCUACAAUAUUCGUGAAUAGCUUUGACGCGUUGGAAGAAGAGGCGUUGAAAGAGAUCGAUGGCAAACUAAAGAUGAUCGCGGUUGGACCGUUGAUUCCUUCGGCUUUCUUGGACGGUAAGGAUCCAUCUGAUAAGUCUUUUGGUGGAGACCUGUUUGAAAAGACCAAAGACUAUGUGGAAUGGAUGGACACACAGCCAGAAGGGUCCAUUGUUUAUAUAUCGUUUGGUAGCAUAAUUAUGUUGUCAGAGAAACAAAAGGAGGCAAUGGCGCAUGCUUUGUUAGAGUGUGGGAAGCCGUUUUUAUGGGUGAUUAGAGAAAAAGAUGGAGAAGAAGAAGAGGAACUGAGUCGUAUGGACGAACUCGAACAGCUAGGUUUGAUAGUUCCAUGGUGCAGUCAACUAGAGGUGUUGUCACACCCGUCUUUAGGUUGUUUUGUGACGCAUUGUGGAUGGAAUUCGACGCUUGAAAGUAUAACUUGUGGGGUUCCGGUUGUGGCAUUUCCUCAUUGGACAGAUCAGUCGACAAAUGCGAAGCUUAUCGAAGACGUAUGGGGAACGGGAGUCAGGGUGACGAGUAACGAAGACGGAGUGGUUGAAGGCGAGGAGAUUCGAAGGUGCGUAGAAAUGGUAAUGGGAGGACAUGAAAGAGGAGUGACAAUGAGAAAGAAUGCAAAGAAGUGGAAGGAUUUAGCAAGAGAGGUAAUGAAAGAAGGUGGAUCUUCUUAUAUGAAUCUCAAGGCUUUUGUCGAAGAAGUUAGAAGUUCGACUCAUGACAAAGUGGUUAGGAUCUCGAGCAAAGAAGUGAAAGCUCUGGAAGCCAAAUUGGAAUCUGUUAUAUGAUUGUAAUAAUAAUUUAUGGUAGAAUUUUCUGUUGUUAGUGGAUUUUUUUAAUUAUAGUAGUAGGGAUAUGAAAAUAUGUCAAAUGUGUGUGACUAUUGUUAUUAUAAUAUUAAGUGGUUGUGAAUUGUGACUAUGAAA